ACAGUAUAUAAGGAAGUGACUCCUCUCUCGAGCACCAGAGUGUUUGUGGCUGCCUUACAACAGGGAGCGUGGAAUCCAAAAGUAUGAGAUUCUUAGUAUUGUUACCGUGCUUCCUGGCAGGCUGCCUGGCUCAGAAGCCUCACCCAUGCUCAAGUCCUCCUCUCCUGAGCGGAGCCCUCGCUAUAACCACACAGAAUGAAAAGCUGUGGAGUUAUGCCAAAUACCUGUACGAUGCGAUUGGACAACGGUUCCGGAUCAUGGAGCUAGGCACUUAUGAGAAUAAGUCAUUCAACUACGACGCUCUUCUGCUCUACAAAGAGGUGACCAAAGCAAUGACAUACAAAUUGUUUUUUUUUUUUUUUUGGGGGGGAGGCUCGUCUGGACCUGGACAAGGACUCCUGGUCAACAGUUGGGUUGGAGAUCUGCCAGACAAAUCAGGAAAGUACAUGACCACAGUCACUGAAUUCGGUUGCAUCCCUGUGAGCAGUGAUUACCAGACGAAGGAGUAUGGAUGGUUGGUGACAAGCUUCUUCAACAACGUCAUUGGGAUAGAGGACCCCGGGAAGCUCACCCCUCCAGACUUCUGCCAGGAUGCAGAGCUGAAUGCUGACAGCGAAGAGGAGCCUGUAGACUUCUUCAGCGUGUUCCUCAAAAAGCAUUGAGGCCUUCAGCAUAGCGUUCCUUUAACCAAUGAUUUGCCAUUAAACAAGUGGAGCUACUGAAUCACAGCUUUGUUAGGUGGUAUACAUCACACCUACUCCUGCUAAUAACAUCUUUUUCCAAGCAUCUUGAGUUGAGCAUCUCAGACCAAAUUUUGCAGAAUUUCCCAUAUUUCUUUUGUUUUUUGGGUUGUUUUUUGCAUACACUAUAUCUGUCUUUACCCAACUUAAAGCUGCAUUUAUGAAUGUUUUCAUAGUGACAGUGGGUCCAAAAAUGCCCUCUUUCUAUCAAUAUGCUGAUGUGUGACCAUGUGUAAUUUUUAUCAAUAAAGAACAAUAAACAAAUGCAUACAUUUCA